AGGAUAUAUAAGGUCAUGGCCAUUGUGAUAUUCAUCCUGAUCGAAGUAGAUGACAAAAGAAUGCCUCUCAUGAACAUCAGUUCAGUUGGGAGGAUACCCACCGAUGAACCGGUCAAAAGGACAAGGCUGGAUAUAUACCUUCAGUUGGGGAAAAUGUCAAUGGAUUUCAGUAAGAAGAAAAAGACUCAGGGCAGCGGAGAUAUAAUAUCAAUAUCAUCAAUUCAAUCACAUUUGGGAAAGACGAGAGCGGAACCAAAGAUGGUAUCGUUGAAGCUACAGAAGAGGCUUGCAGCCAGUGUGCUAAAGUGCGGGCGGGGAAAGGUCUGGCUCGAUCCCAACGAAGUCAAUGAAAUCUCCAUGGCCAACUCUCGGCAGAACAUAAGGAAGUUGGUGAAGGAUGGCUUCGUUAUCAGAAAGCCUACCAAGAUUCACUCAAGAUCUCGUGCUCGCCGGAUGAAGGAGGCUAAGAGAAAGGGCCGUCACUCUGGAUAUGGUAAGCGCAAGGGUACUAGGGAGGCUAGGUUACCCACUAAAGUGCUUUGGAUGAGGAGAAUGAGGGUCCUCAGGCGCCUGCUUCGCAAGUACAGGGAGUCAAAGAAGAUUGACAAGCACAUGUAUCAUGACAUGUACAUGAAAGUGAAGGGUAAUGUUUUCAAGAACAAACGUGUCUUGAUGGAGAGUAUUCACAAAUCAAAGGCUGAGAAGGCUAGAGAAAAGACAUUAUCAGAUCAGUUUGAGGCUAAGAGGGCAAAGAACAAGGCAAGCCGUGAAAGAAAGUUUGCCAGGCGAGAGGAGCGCUUGGCCAAGGGUCCAGGAGAGAGGGAAGCACCUGCACCGGUAACCCAAUCCCAGCAAGCGCAAGUGUCUAAAAAAUCAAAGAAGUGAAACCUGUGAAGAUGAAUCCGAAGUAGUUGUGGCCCUUUCUAAGUUUUUGUGUUGGAAUUUAUAGUUAAGGUUUUUGGCUCCCUGCCCCCUAGCUACCUCUCCCUGGUGCUAUACAUUUACGAGGCAUUUUCACAUGGUGAAGAUGAAACGAGUUCAAAUGCUUUAGUGGGGAUACGUUUUUUACUGCAGUAUUUUUAACUUAUGCUAUGUGUUCAGUUUUAGACAUACCUUGCGAUGGUCUGAUACUGCGUUAUUUAAAUCAUGCGUAACCUUCUCUUCAUGUAUGAUAUAUAUAUAUAUAUAUUUGGGUUAA